CUGUAUAAUUAUAAAGUGUGUGUGAAUGGAUAUCCAUACAUAGCAAUGCCAUUGUCUAUGAAUAAAUACAAAAUAAUUUUAUACUGUGUAUUAAAGUCCCAAUUAAAUACUUCACUAGACAAAUUGUUAUACCAAAUUCUACACACACUAUACCCACAGAAUUUUUUUUUUUUUGAGAAACAGGAUCUAGCUUGGAAAUAUGUGUUCACAGUCUAGUUCAUAAUUUUUGGAGAGAGUAUCAUUCUCUAAUCUACAUUAAUAUUCUUGCAAGCAAAUUAUUUACUCACAAUCAUGACAUACCUAAAUUUUCCCUUUCAGUCAAUCAAACUUAGUAUAGGAAAGUAUUGGAGAAUAGUUCUUCAUAUCUUGUGCUAAGAAUGUCUACCUUAUGGUCUUAACAGUUAAAAAAUGGUAAUUUCAUGAUUUUUGUUUUCUAAUGUUAAAAAGAGCAACACCAUUAAAUUAGAAGAUUCCUAAAUCAUUAUUGACUUCCAAUUUCCUAGGUAAAAUAUCAAUAUAUUUUCAUUCACCCAAAUAAAAGAUUCCCUACGUAUACAAACGUGUAUUUCCUAUUUCCUAAAUUGUGCUUUUGUGGUUUUAACUUUUUAUUCAUGGCAACUUUUAAACAUUAGUAAAAUUGUUUAGCAUAUGUGUUUUAUUUUCCUUUUAGUUGCUUACAGUUUUCUACAAGAUCUCUUAAAUUAUAGCAUGAUUCUGGCAGGCUUUAUGCUAUUUGUUGUUCCAAUUAAUUAAAACUGUUUAAAACACGAAUUUUAAAAACCUUCUAUUACCAUAAUUUUGCAGUUAAAAUUCUUUUUCCAAACUUUGCAACCAUGCUAUACAACCUAAAUCAGUGCUGAGCUCAAACUGGAUUUUAACAGUUGCCCAAUGUCCUUCAAAAGGUUAAAAAGCAUGUUUAUCUGAACUACACCCAUCUUCAGUUUCAACACAGCACGCCUCUCGUUUGUUCUCAAGACAAAUUUAAAACCAUACCGAUUGGGAUUGGUUAUUACUGAAGAUAAUUUAUGCAAUCAUCAGCCAAAGAUGCUAAAUUGGCAAAAAGAAAACUAUGCAAGUAAGCAAACUCGACCACGCGUGGGCCACACCUUCUCAGUAUAUAAAGGCCUGCCACUGUCCCUGGUGGCAGCAGCAGGCGCUCCCUGGGCUAAACAGCAUCACCAUGUCUGUUCGGUACAGCUCAAGCAAACAGUACUCUUCCUCCCGCAGCGGAGGAGGAGGGGGUGGAGGAGGAGGCGGCGGCGGAGGAUCCCUCAGGGUUUCGAGCAGCAGAAGCUCCCAUGGUGGAGGCUAUAGCUCAGGGGGAGGGUUCAGUGGUGGCUCUUUUAGCCGUGGGAGCUCCGGUGGGGGCUUUCUGUGUUCAUCAGGCGGCUAUGGAGGAGGAGGCGGCGGAGGAGGUGGUUUCGGUGGAGGUAGCUUUGGUGGAAGCUAUGGAAGCAGCAGCUUUGGUGGGGGCUACGGAGGCGGCGGUUUUGGAGGAGGCGGCUUCGGCGGUGGGGGCUUCGGCGGUGGGGGCUUCGGCGGAGGCAGCUUUGGAGGCUUCGGCGGUGGUGGUGGUGGUGGUGGAUUUGGAGGAGACGGUGGCCUUCUCUCCGGAAAUGAAAAAGUAACCAUGCAAAACCUGAACGACCGCCUGGCCUCCUACUUGGACAAAGUGCGGGCUCUUGAAGAAUCGAACUACGAGCUGGAAGGCAAAAUCAAGGAGUGGUACGAAAAGAAUAGCAACUCGGGCCAGCGCCAGCCUCGCAACUACGACAAAUACUACCAGACCAUCGAAGACCUUAAAAAUCAGAUCCUGAAUCUAACCACCGACAAUGCCAAUGUCCUGCUUCAGAUCGACAACGCCAGGCUGGCAGCCGAUGACUUCAGGCUGAAGUACGAGAACGAGGUGGCUCUCCGCCAGAGCGUGGACGCCGACAUCAACGGCCUGCGCAGGGUGCUGGACGAGCUGACCCUGACCAAGGCCGACCUGGAGAUGCAGAUCGAGAGCCUGACUGAGGAGCUGGCCUACCUGAAGAAGAAUCAUGACGAGGAAAUGAAAGACCUUCAAAAUGUGUCCACUGGCGAUGUGAAUGUGGAAAUGAAUGCUGCCCCAGGUGUUGAUCUGACCCAACUUCUGAAUAACAUGAGAAACCAGUAUGAACAACUUGCUGAACAAAACCGCAAAGACGCAGAAGCCUGGUUCAAUGAAAAGAGCAAGGAACUGACUACGGAAAUCGAUAAUAACAUUGAACAAAUGUCCAGCCAGAAGAAUGAGAUUACCGAACUGAGACGCAAUGUUCAAGGUCUGGAGAUCGAACUACAGUCCCAACUAGCCCUGAAACAAUCCCUGGAAGCCUCCUUGGCAGAAACAGAAGGUCGCUACUGUGCGCAGCUCUCCCAGAUUCAGGUCCAGAUCUCCUCUCUGGAGGAGCAACUGCAGCAGAUUCGAGCUGAAACCGAAUGCCAGAACGCGGAAUACCAGCAACUCCUGGACAUUAAGAUUCGACUGGAGACUGAAAUUCAAACCUAUCGCAGCCUGCUAGAAGGAGAGGGAGGCGGCGGCGGCGGCGGCGGCUACCGCGGCGGCCGCGGCGGAAGUUCCGGCGGCGGCUACGGCGGCAGUUCCGGCGGCGGCGGCGGCUACGGCGGCGGCAGUUCCGGCGGCGGCGGUUCCGGCGGCGGCUACGGCGGCGGCAGUUCCGGCGGCGGCGGCGGCUACGGCGGCGGAAGCUCCGGCGGCGGUGGCGGCGGCGGCUACGGCGGCGGAAGCUCCGGCGGAGGAGGCCAGAAGUCCGGUUCCGGGUCCACUGGCGAGUCCUCAACUAAGGGACCAAGGUCAGCAGAAACUAGCUGGGAUACUAAAACCAGAGUGAUCAAGACAAUUCUUGAAGAAGUGGCACCUGAUGGUAGAGUCCUUUCAUCUGUGGUCGAGUCGGAAACCAAGAAACACUACUAUUAAGCCACAUCAAGAGGAAAGGCCGUUUUGUACAGAUGCAUGAAAAACAAGGUCUCCAAGAAAACACUCCACUCUUAGUGGUCUCUGGAAAUAGGCUCCCUCUUUGAAAAUAAGGUGUCUAAAAGGUGUUUUGUGGUUUCUGUAUUUCUUCUUUUCACUUUACCAGAAAGUGUUCUUUAAGGGGGGAGAAAAAAGAAAAAUUUCUAUUCUCAUUUACUAAUGAAUCAAUAAACUUUCUUACUGAUGCAAACUA